CUCUCUCUACACAUUUCCGUGUGUGUGCCUCGGACGGACAGGGGGAAGGACAUGUGACUAGUAGCCGGAAAAAUGGAUUACCUCUCUCCAGCCAACAUCUCCCAAGAUGCAUCCCUUCUCUUUUCCGACGCCGGUCCCCACGGCAACGACCUUUACCUCGGUUACCGUGACUACGACCCCGGCAUUGACGACCCCACCACGGAAGAUUCGUCGCCCCUCCCGCCCCUCCCGCCCCUCUACGCAGACACCCCCCUCCUGGAUUUGGGAGACUUGGGGGGUUACGGUCCCGGGGUGGGGGGGUAUGGGGACAGCUCUCUGGCAGGACUGGGAGACAGUACUAAGCUAGUAGGGGUCCAGGUGGUUUUAAUCCUGGCCUACAGUACCAUUAUACUACUUGGAGUAGUGGGGAACUCUCUGGUCAUAUACGUGGUGUAUCGCUUCAAGACGCUGAGGACGGUGACUAACUUCUUCAUAGCUAACCUCGCUGUCGCUGACCUCCUGGUGAAUACAUUGUGUCUCCCCUUCACGUUGGUCUAUACUCUGCUCGGGGAGUGGAAAUUUGGCCAGCUGCUUUGUUUCCUGCUUCCCUAUGCACAGGGAUUGGCUGUCCACGUAUCCACGGUGACGCUCAACGUCAUAGCCCUCGAUAGACACAGGUGUAUAGUGUACCACCUGGAGACCAGGAUGAGAAAGGAUGUGUGUUUCGGGGUGAUUGCCGCCACGUGGGUACUGAGUGCGGUGCUGGCCAGUCCACUAGCUAUCUUCAGAGAGUAUGGGACCUUCAAUCUGGCUCCAGGACAGUUUAUACAGGUGUGUACAGAGAAGUGGCCGGGCAGCUCGACAGACGGGACAGUCUAUUCAAUCUCCAUGCUCCUCCUCCAGUACGUUCUCCCUCUAGCCGUCAUCUCCUUCGCCUACGCUCGUAUCUGGUCCAAACUCCGUUCCCACAUGUCCCCCGCCGGCCGCAACGACCGCCACCGCCGCCGCCGCAAAACCACCAAGAUGCUGGUGACCGUGGUCGUGGUGUUCGCCGUCAGCUGGCUGCCGUUCCACGCUUUUCAAUUGGCCACGGAUAUCGACAGCUCCGUCUUGGACAUGAGGGAUUUUAGACUGCUGUACACGCUGUUCCACGUGGUGGCCAUGUGCUCAACGUUCGCCAACCCUCUGCUCUACGGGUGGAUGAACAGCAACUAUCGCACCGCGUUCACGACCGUGUUCCGCUGUGAGCAGAGAAUGGAUAGUGUGCAUCCGAAGGGAGGAAGAGAUGGAGGAGGAGGAGGAGGAAGAGAUGGAGGAGGGAAGGAAGGAGAGGGGGUAGGGAAGGCAGGAGGUGAAGAAGAAGGAUUGAAAGAGGGAGGAGGAAGAGGAGGAAGAGGAGGAGGAGGAGGAGGAGGAGGAGGAGGGAAGAUGGACCUAGAGGCCCAGGAUGUUGUGACGAACCAUCUCAAUGCUACAGACCUCUGAAACAGAAGAUAGAGAGUAGGAGAGAGAGAAAAAGAUAAAGAGGGAGUGAAGAAUAAAGGAGAGAGAGUAGUAGAGAGAGAAGAAGAUGAAGAGGGAGGGAAGGAGAAAGGAGAGAGAGUAGUAGAGAGAGAAGAAGAUGAAGAGGGAGGGAAGGAGAAAGGAGUGAGAGAUGGAGAGAGAGAAAGAAAUAGAACGUAAGAGGGUAGGGAAGAGAAGAGACUGAAGAGAGAAAAUCACUGAGAUGGGAGAAAGGAAGGCUAGAGGGAAUAAUUGCAUCUGUGAAUGAACACAUAAGAUGAGGGUGAGCGAGAGACAGAGAUAGAGAGAUUAAACCACUGCUUCCGGAACACAUAAAUAAAGAGAAAAUGUCAGAGAUGGGAUGAAGCAACAAAAAAACAACAAAGAUGACAGAGAGAAAAAAAACAAUGAAAAAGGAGCUUAAAUUCUAAGCAGUUUAGUUUGUUCCUAAGUGGGGAACAGCAAUGGGCUGGGACUGGCUGGCUGGCUGGCUGGCUGACUGUGACUGGCUGGCUGGCUGGCUGGCUGGCUGGCUGGCUGGGACUGGCUGGCUGGCUGGCUGGCUGUGCACAGGUGAUGAUGACCUACAUUUAGUCCCAAAUGCCAGAAUGUUUUUGGGUCGCAGCUUUAGAGUUGUUUGAAAAGUUUGUUGUGUCCCAAAUGGCACCUUAUUCUCUAUCAGGGCCCUGGUCAAGAGUAGUGCACUAUAUAGAGGAAUGGGGUGCCGUUUGACUGUGUGUGUCUCCGUGUGUGUAUCCAUGUGUCUGUGUGUGUGUGUGUGUGUGUGUGUGUGUGUGUGUGUGUGUGUGUGUGUGUGUGUGUGUGUGUGUGUGUGUGUGUGUGUGUGU